CUCAUUUUCAUUUAAAAAAAUCUCUCUCUCUCUCUCUCUCUCUCUCUCUCUCUCUCUCUCAUUUUCAUUAUCUUUGCAGAGAAAAUCUCAGAUGAGAGCCCUAAAAUUCCUCUCGUUUUCCUCUUCCUCUCCUUCAUUUCUGCAACCGAUUCGUUUCAAUUGCAUUUGGAAAUCUCCCCUUUCUUCACUCCUCUACUCUCUCCAACAGAGCGGAAGAGGUGAUGUAAGUGGUUCAACUGGUACACACCGUUGUCUUUCUUACGAAGCUGAAACUGCAUUGGAAUAUGAAAAAGAUCAACCAUAUGCUGAUGAUGGCAAAGUGACAGAGAAAGAUGCUGCGCUUCAUCUGGCUCUCUCCCGACUUGCUGGUGAUUUUGGUAGAGAAUCUAUGUUAUCUUUGCAGCGGUUCUUUGGUUCGCGAUAUGCACCUGUUAUCUCCACAGGCUCUUUAAAACUUGAUUUGGCUCUUGGAGUAGGAGGAUUGCCUAAGGGGAGAAUUGUUGAAAUUUAUGGGCAAGAGGCAUCAGGCAAAACUACGCUGGCGCUUCAUAUUGUCAAAGAGGCUCAGAAGAUUGGAGGAUAUUGUGCAUAUCUUGAUGUAGAGAAUGCCAUCGAUCCAUCCUUUGCAGAAUCCAUCGGCGUAAACACUGAGAAUCUUCUUAUAGCGCGACCUAAUUGUGCUGAAAAUUCCCUUAACGUAAUAGAUACUCUGGUCAAAAGCGGAUCACUAGAUGUGAUUGUGGUUGAUAGUGUAGCGGCACUUGUUCCACAAUGUGAACUUGAUGGCGUGAUAGAUGUAACCUGCCCAGAUAUACAGUCACGAUUGAUGAACCAAGCACUACGGAAACUUCAUUAUUCUUUGGGCAGGUCCCAGACUCUUCUGAUUUUCACUAACCAGGUCCGAUCAAAGUUGAGAGCAGUCGAAGGUUUCGGGCAUGCAAGCGAGGUAACUUGCGGUGGAAACGCUUUGAAGUUCUAUGCAGCAAUACGCAUGAGACUUAUGAGAAAAGGCCUGCUUGAGACUGAUGAUGAGAUUAGUGGCAUCAAUGUCGCGGUGCAAGUUGUGAAAAACAAACUGGCACCUGCAAUGAAGAAGGCUGAGCUGGAGAUACGGUUUGGCCAGGGCAUUUAUCGUGUAGCCGAGGUUUUGGAGCUGGCUUCUAAGUAUGGAGUCAUCUCUGGAGCGGAAAAUGGUUACUACAUUGAUGGGGAGGUUUUCAAAGAAAAGCUGGAAGCUGAGCAGUAUCUAACAGAAAAUGAUGAAGUUGUAGAUGAACUAGUGGGAAUCUUGAGAAGUCAGUUAUUCAGGAGCAAAUCGUAAUCCUGAGGGCGAAUCCAUCAAGUUUAAUGACAUCACAACUACUUUGGCAAAGUACGACCAUCAUCUACAUUUCCAUCCAAGAUGCCAAAAAUUUUGGUCCCAUUGAAUUCUGGUCACCCUACAUCCGAUUAAUGGUUGAUGGUUAAAAUACAAAUUUUCAGUGAUUCAAAUUAAAAAAGAAUAGAAAAGAAGAGAGAAACCCAUCAACCAGAUGUUAGAAUCGGCCAAUAUCUGAUUCAUGGAGAUAUGCCCCAUCUGCAGUGUUGUCCACGGUGUGGAUGGUUUGGAUUGAGGUAUGUGUAUGCUGUGUUACAGUGUCAAUGUGCUUACAAAUCAUCCGAACUACAAUGAUACAAGAAUUAAUCUUUACAAACGAAGAUCAAAAGAUAGCAGUAGCUGAAAACAAUUGCAGGCUUUCAUUCUGAUCAUUGAAGGUCACCUUUCGGAAGGAAACCAGAAUCGACUGCUUGUAAAAUUCAGCUGAUUCAAGUCCUUUCUCUUGUAUGAAGAAUUGGCAGCCCAAGAACUCCACCUGUGUUGUGUUAUGAAGAAUGUAAUGGUCCCUUCCUGACUGCAGGAUGGUUGCUUUGGGGUAUCUUCAUUCAUCAUUUUUGUUGCUAGUGGUACAUUGGAUGUAUCUGUUAUCAGCUGUAACAUGAACGCAGGCCUCUGCUCUUUUGGGUGGUGGUGAGUACAACUGCUGUACUAGUAUCUUUAUUUGUUGUUAGAAUGUCACGACUUUAAAUGAUUUCAAUUGAAUCCCAUAGAAAACAAUUCAUCAUUUGAUGUCAA